GAAGUGUAGGCAGACGCGCCAGACGUUGUAGGGGCUGUGUCGCUGUUGAGGAGACGCGAAGGGUUUGGACUUGCGGUAUUUUUGCACUCGCUAACAGGUCAAAAUGCAAAUCUUCGUGAAGACCCUGACCGGCAAGACCAUCUCCUUGGAGGUGGAGCCCAGUGACACCAUUGAGAAUGUUAAGGCCAAGAUCCAGGAUAAGGAAGGCAUCCCCACUGACCAGCAGAGGCUCAUCUUUGCAGGAAAGCAGCUGGAAGAUGGCCGCACUCUUUCUGACUACAACAUCCAGGAAGAGUCCACCCUGCACCUGGUCCUGCGUCUGAGGGGUGGCUGUUAAUUCUUCAGUUUUGCAUUCAUAGUGCCAGUGAUGGCACUACUCUGCAUUCUAGCCAUUUG